AUGCGCCUACUUCAAAUUGGCCAAGAUGAUGAGCUAAGCUUUGCCGAUGGCCUGUUUACAGACAUCCCACCCUACGCAAUCCUCUCCCACACAUGGGGACCAGGUGAAGAGGUGAGGUUGGAGGAUAUAUCAGAUGGAAAAGGUGGGGGUAAGGAGGGUUACACCAAGAUCCAGUUCUGUUCCGACCGAGCGCGAAAGGAUGGCCUGGAACAUUUCUGGAUCGAUACAUGCUGUAUUGAUAAGACAAGCUCGGCCGAAGUCUCAGAAGCUAUCAAUUCAAUGUUUCGCUGGUACGCUGACGCACAAGUGUGCUACGUGUUUCUGUCCGAUGUCUCGGCUCAUGAACGCGGUAACACAGGAAAUACUCACAUCUGGGAACCCGCUUUCCGGAAAAGCAGGUGGUUUACGCGAGGCUGGACCCUACCAGAACUCCUUGCUCCAAGACAAGUUGAGUUCUAUAGUCGGGAGAGCGUAUUGCUGGGCCACAAAGAUACACUUGCGCAGAUCAUCUCCGAAAUAACCGGAAUUCCUGAAACAGCUCUUCAGAGGAAGAAACCUCUGAGUUAUUUCACUAUUUCAGAGCGGAUGCGAUGGGCUUCCAGACGCGAGACUAGCAGAGAAGAAGAUAGAAUUUAUUGUCUUCUGGGAAUGUUCGACCUCACCAUGCCAAUGCUUUACGGGGAAGGAGGGUCCAGAGCAUUUGAUCGGCUGAAAGAGGAAAUCCACAGAAACUACGGGGUCCGAGUGAAAGGCAUCGAGCAAUAUGCUACGGAAGAAGCAACAUUGCUCGCCCGUCGAAAAACGAUACUGGAUUCACUGAGCUUUGAGCAAAUGGACUUGCGUCGGUCUACUAUCAGUUCUGCCUAUUCCACAACCUGCAAAUGGCUGUUGAAGCACCCUGUUUACCUGGACUGGAACAAUCCAAAGAAAAUAUACCAGCAUCGUGGAUUUUUAUGGGUCCAGGGGGUUCCUGCAUCUGGGAAAUCGACGUUGAUGAAGUUCGCCCUCGCACAUGCUGACAAUACAAGAUCUACGGAAGAUAUUGUGAUCUCCUUCUUCUUUAACGCAAGAGGUCGCCAACUGGAAUAUUCGACGGUCGGCAUGUACCGGUCUCUAAUCUUUCAGCUGUUGACAAAAUGGACAGAACUGCAGGGUCUAUUGGACGACUUAGAUGAUUUGGAAGACCAAAGCAAACCCCGGGUGUGGACAACAGAAAAGCUGUGUGGGCUUCUGUCUACAGCCGUCGCAAGGCUCGAGCACCGACGGUUAAAGUGCUUCAUAGACGCCCUCAAUGAGUGUGAUGAGCAACAGAUCUCAGAAAUGAUUGGCUUUUUUGAAAAACUAGGGAAGACUGCGCUCGACCACGGAACUCAGAUCUACUUUUGCUUUGCUAGGCGCCACUAUCCAACAAUUGACAUUCGGUAUGGUCGACCUCUGAUAUUGGAACAGGAAGACGGUCAUGCUGAGGACCUGGACAAAUACAUCCAAAGCCAUCUCCGAGCUGGAAAAGGGACGAAGAGUCAGGAAGUCAGAACACAGAUAAGAGAAAAGGCAAAUGGUGUCUUCCUGUGGGUAGUCUUAGUCGUUCCGAUACUUAACGAUGAAUUCAAGCGCGGCCGUAUCUUUGCUGUCGAGAAGAAACUCCGGGAGAUACCUGCUAAACUCAGCGAGCUCUUCAAGGACAUCUUGACCAAGGAUUGUUCCAACAUGGACGAUUUGUUGCUUUGUCUCCAAUGGAUCCUAUUUGCAGAACGGCCGCUUCGGCUAGAAGAAUUCUACUUUGCAAUGUUGGCCGGUCUCGAUCCUGAAUCUGAGUAUAUGACCUGGAAUUCUGAGGAGAUCACCAUCGAGUACAUGAAUCACUUUGUGCUCAAUUCCUCCAAGGGCCUUGCUCAACUUACCAGGUCGAAAACACCGACAGUGCAGUUCAUUCACGAAUCUGUCCGAGAUUUUCUCCUCAAGGAAAAAGGGUUGACUGAGGUGUGGCCGGAUCUCGGCAAUGGAACGAACUUGGAGGGAGAAAGCCACCAACGUCUGAAGGGUUGCUGCCUGGACUAUAUCAGCAUCGACCUUACCAGCCAUCUUGGUAAUCUGGACUCACUUCCAAAGGCAUCAACGGCAGAAGCUGCACGCCUGCGCGAAUCCGUGGCCGGAGAUUUUCCGUUUCUAGAGUACGCCGUGCGAAAUGUCUUAUGGCAUGCCGAUAAGGCGCAAGCCAAUGGAGUCGAUCAGAGUGAGUUUAUUCGCACAUUCCAGCUUGCUCGAUGGGUAUGGAUCGACAACUUGUUCGAAAGACACGAAGUACGACGACGCGCCCCGAAUGUGAGCUUCUUAGACAUAAUAGCGGAGAACAACCUGGACAAUCUGAUUAAAAUCUACCCAUAUAACCUGUUUCGGGGCUUGCAUUCGGUUGCACCCACAGAUUCAGGCUACGCCUCGACAAUACAUGACAAAGCCAGGUUUUUGGAAGACAUUCAGGUAACAAGACAAUCCGCAAUCGCCGACAGCCUUCAACGGUCUCCGCGUCUGGUAGGAGGAGAUACGGAAAGUCACGAACAGCUGGACCUGGACGAUGGUAGGACGGACUAUUCUGAUGCAUCGAGUCUGUCCCCCGCGGGUAAGGAAACGUAUUGUUCAGAAAUUGUGGAGAACCUGAUCAGCAUGGUCCCCUCUAAAUCACUUGACGAUCCAGCCGUAGAAAGGUUGCUUGGUGUCCUCCCCGAAUUACUCAAAGCAUUUGCCCUCAAACUCGGUCACGGCUCGCCGACCCAGGCGCAUCGCAAUGUCAUGUUCUUCGUACAUAAACAUCGAAGUAAGAUAGUCGAGCGCUUCAAAGAGGGAUACUCCUCAAUCACUGAGAGCGUUCCUGUUAAGUCGCCUAACGUGUCCGACGAGAUGUCGCUGAGGGAUCGUAUGGAACUCUGGGACAGUCACCGAGAGGAUGUCAUGGAACAUUGGGACAGUCACCGAGAAGAUCCAAAUUACGAUGCGGUCGCCAAGGAGACUGCCGAAGCAAAGUCCGAGCAUGAGACGCCAGAACCUGAUGAAGACCCCACGAUAGCAGGGCUCUCCACACAUUGGGAUGUUGUGUUGGACAGCGCGGCGUACCAGUGGCUCGUCGCCCGAUUGCAGCGGGAGUUGCUGUUGGAUACGACGACGGCAGAUUGCAUGGAGGCAAUUCGAGGGGACAUUACUGCCGCCUUCCCGAGAUCCAACACAGUCAGCAGGAGCCGCUCCACAGAAGCCCACAAAAUGAUCUUUCAAGUGCGUUGGGAUCCAGUGACAUUUAUCAAAGACCAGGAAUACGAAGGUAGUCCCGACGAGUCUCUAGCUGGAGCCAUUACUCUAACCGGAUCGCCGAGAGAUGCACAAGCGCUGACAUGUGCACAAUACGUACGCCAGAUGUGGCCGUGGGUUGAAGAGCUUACAAUGCAGUUCGUCCAAGAUACUGUCCGCAGUCAGCCCGGCGAGCGACACCAAUAUCACUUACCUGACUAUACGCAGCUCACGGCAUGGCUUGAGGACUCUGAGGUUAUCGUAGAAGUUUUCGGCCCAGCGUGUAGCAUCGUGGAAGUCGGCGAACAAUUGGCGUGGUUGGGCGCUGCUCUUUGCUCCUCGCCCUUCGACUCUGGGAUCGCACUUCGCACGCCAUUCAUUUCCGAUAUCCGUAACGACGACCGUCUUAGCCGCGUAUUCAAUACACUGUCUACGACCGGAGUCAUUUGCACGAUCGACUUCCACAUGCGGCUGGAGGUUCCGGUCCGCUGGCCACCUAGUUGUCAGUGUUGGCACAACUUAUUUAAAAAUCCAGUCCUUGUUGAAGGGUAUCCGACUCCUCGGCGCGCCGAGCACAAUACAGGCCUAGAGAUCCCUCUCAAUGUUAUGGCGGAGCUGAUCGGGACGCAAAGCCUGAACAUCUUCAACGGUAGGCUGUUCAUUAAAGGGUUCUCGGCUAUGUUGGUCCCUACGAAACAGACCGGAGACCAACUUCUCUGGCACUUAAUUUUUAAUAAAGACGGAAGCCGGAUACCGUACUUUUAUGAAACUGAUGACCACGCGGAAAAUCUCUCGCUCGCCUAUGUGGAAACCGCUCGACAUAUUGUCGGCUGGUGUUCCGAGGCGAAAUACUGCGCCGGUGCGGCCGACGCCGUGUAUACAGUGGAAAAGAGCAGACUCCAGCGGCCACACAAAGGUUGCACGUUCGAAAACGUAGUCAUCCACCAGGGAAAGAUCAUCUUGAACGGUGUUCGGCCCAGCAUCGGCAACAAAGACAGCCCCAUUCACAUUUCGCGAAAUUACUAUGUGUAUAAAAUUCGCUGGAUUUCGCAGAAGUUCGUCGUUCUAUGGGACGAGGAAGACAAACGCGGUUGGCUGGUUAACGGCGCCAGCGCGUUACUACACCUCCUGCGCGCCUAUUUGGAAUAUACCAAAAGUAGCAACAUCAAAUCUGCGUUUUUAUUCAAGGCCGAGGAUAUGAAGGAAGCAGAACUACAGCACACUGCCAAGUCGGCCGUCGAGAUCCUUCUGGACGAGGUCAACAUGGACUUAAAAAUCUUCAAACAGGGUACCGGCUACAUUCGCUUCUGUAAUCAGGUGGAGUAUUAUUACGAUAUCCUAGAGCAACUAAUCGACUACCAGGUCCAAGGUAGCCUUGGUUCAAGAAGUCAAGCCCGGAGAUACCUCGAAGGCUGGGAUUUUCGGGACUUCGUGACGACUAGAGAUCCGGUCUUCCCUCGUGUGACGGAGCUUGAGUUGGUCGGGAAAGGCUGGGUGGAUUUUGCUCGAGAUAUCCACGCCAUCACCCUGUUCGGCCGUGGAUUUGGUGACAUUAUUCAGCCACUCGGUGUCAGUCUCUGCGAUCUUUGGGCUAGCUUGCCCAAGGAUAAGUAUUAUCUCGCUGCCUCUAUACUCGACCUCAAGGAAAUCAUGGACAUACACGAUGGCGACGAGACGUCUAUUCCGAUGAGACUGACAGGUGACGUUCUUUGGCACAACCCAGUGAAAGUUUUCAAGUGUGAGUGCGACGGAAAAGUUGGUAGUGAGCACUCCGACUUGGUCCAGGUCCUUCUGCCUUCGACUUUCAAGUUUCCCGUCCCCCCGGUCUUCUCUCAGGCUGUCCUCGAAUGGAGCGCGAGCGGCGCUGUGGUCUUUGGACACAACGUAAACUUCAAGCGGUUCUGGAAGGACGUCGGAGCCCCGGAAGGGGGCGAGCCAGCGUCACCCGAAGAUGACUUUGAGUUUCAAUUCCAUGACAGUGGUAUGGGCCAGAGUCUAGAGUCUGUAGGCACUGAGAGCGAGUAUUUGGCACCACAGCACUACACGGUUGGAAUUGUUUGCGCACUACACAAAGAGCUUCUAGCGGUGCGGCAGUUAUUUGACUUCAGGUACUCAGAGUCAGAGCUCCCCCUCCCUCGAGAAGACAGCAAUCACUACGCACUGGGGCGCAUUGGUCAACAUAAUGUUGUCACCGCUUGUCUUCCCUCCGGGGAAUAUGGGACUAACUCCGCCGCCGACGUCGUCACGCACAUGAAGAGGAGCUUUCCGAACGUUAGGUUCUAUCUCUUAGUGGGCAUCGGGGGCGGGAUUCCGUCUCGAGCAAACGACAUCCGUCUGGGCGACGUUGUCGUUAGUCAUCCAAUGAACACAUCGUCGGGCGUGAUUCAGUAUGAUUUAGGAGCAGACCUCGAAGACGGGAAGUUCGUACGGAAGGGCUUGCUCCAGAGGUCAUCCCGUUUCCUCAUGUCGGCCGUAAGUAUCCUGAAGUCGGACCCUGAGACGAAGGGGACACAACUCGCAAGCUAUAUCAAAAAGAUUGGGGACCGCAACCCACAAUACAAAUACCCAGGGAGCGAGCGAGACAAGCUGUUCGAAGCUUCCUACGUGCACGAUUCGAAUCACGCAACAUGCGAGCAGUGCCUCGCUACAAAAGAAAUCUGGAGAAUAGGAAGUCGACGUUUGAACUUUCCUGAAAUUCACUACGGUGUUGUGGCCUCUGGCAAUCGGCUGAUCCGGAAUGCGCAGAUGAGAGACGAGUUGGGGACAGAGCAUGGGGUGCUUUGCGUGGAAAUGGAGGCAGCAGGGGUAGUUAAUGCGGUUGAUUGUCUUGUUAUCCGGGGUAUAUGCGACUACGCAGACUCGCACAAGAAUGACGUAUGGCAGAAUUACGCAUCCGCCAGCGCGGCGGCUUUCGCGAAGGUCUUCCUGUCCUCGGUGAGAUCUUCAGACGAUGCACAGACGCUCUCUUCGAGGAAGAGGUCUGCAUCACCGAUGGAGGGCCCGUCUUCAAGGAGAAAGCCGCCUGUGAACUCGUUCUCCAAUAACUUUGGAAGGCUGGAAAUGAGAGAUAAGGGGAAAGGGAAAGAAAGAGACGAAUGA